UCGUUUUCAACUUGCCGAGUUCUUUUGAACUUUUUUGCUAACAGCAAGUUCAAAAGGUUUUUGGUGGCUGCAGACAACUCCCAUCUCUCUCCGUUCUCGAUCAUCGCUUCCGCCCCAUCAUCCCUUCAGGUCAUUUCCCACCCACCUGGAAUCAGCCACUUGUCGGCUUUUGUCAGUGGCGUAGGUUGCAGCCUCGUUCGCUCAUUGCGAAAUCAUUUGGAUCUGUUCCAAAGGGAGCAUCCUUGUAAAUACAGAGACAAUUCCCACGCACCUACUUGCAUUCCUCCAUCUCUUAGGAGGGUCUUGUACAUUGGUGCCAACAAGACGUUUUCUUGACGAGAUUCGUUUCCUCCGCUCUCCAAACUGCGAACAGUUGACGAUCCCGCGCAUCCAUCGAACACACGCAACUGGACCCAGCGAGAGCCUGUACUCUUUUGUUAGCGCUUGGGAUCUCACUCUUGUGGCUCUUUUGUUUUUCAACGUGCCCCAACCCGUCCUUUUGGCGAGCAAAGGGACGGUGAAGGGGGCAAGGGAUUUCUCUCGCUGUUUUGUGUCAACAAACCGUUUGUCGUCCGGGUUGGUGGAGGGAUAUAACGCAUGGUGAUUCGGCCAGAACAGAGUCUUGCCGUCACCGCCGAAUGUCUUCAGUAAAGGAACAAACAAUAUUGACCUUGCCGCUGCAGGAGUCGCCGUCACCAUCUCCACGACGUCUUCGAGACAGCGGCAACUCCCUCCCCUUCCCGGCGUCUGCUUCUGCUCCGGACGCAUACCGCUUCCCACCAUUACCUGUCGUAUCCAGCCGACGCUCCUCAGUUGUGAGCUUACCGUCCCGUGCUAGUCAUAGGAAUUCCAGACGAGCAUCGUAUAACAGCGUAAAUGACAUUGCUGCUGCCAGAGAUCUCGCUACCCGUCGACUGUCAGUCAUGUCCGACAAAGACAGUCGCACAGAUGUCGAUGGACGGGGAUCAGUAGAACCGCUCCAUUCUCAUCCGUCAAGCCCAAUACGGACGUCUGGACGGGCCGCUGCUGGUGCUCUGAGUUCCAUGAAAAUAUGGGAUGUUGUACUACGACGACUGCGAAAUAAACAUUUUGCAGACGAUCACACGGGGGAUCGUGCACCAACGGAUUACUUUAAUGUAAAACCACGCUCACAAUCGACGACUUCGGGACAGUUGGAUGUGACGGCAGGGCUGAUGACACCUGGGCUUGGGGGACCAGUGAUGUCGCCAACUCUAGAAUCUUUUCCAUUUGGAGAGGCCACCCUAUUAAAUGUCAUGGACGCACAUCUCAGCGCUGUGUCAAAUUCCUUUUCGCGACUUACCCUCACGUUCCAUGAUCCGGAUGUGGAAAGCACCUACAAGCGAUACUUUCUGGAUCGAACACUGCAUAUGUGGAGAAAAUUUACCAUGGUCGCCGUUGCUGUCACUUUUAUUCUUCAAAUCAUCCUCAUAACACGAUAUUCACAACCCCGAGGCUUCAGCACUCCAUUGUCUGAUUUCAUCUUGGUUGGCCUACUCGGGAUAAUUCCUAUGGUCCUUCUCACACUGGUAUCGUGUACGGUGAGGAAGGACACUCUUUCGAAGCACAUACAUUCGGUAUCCCUUCUCUUCUUGUGGCUCAUGGGCCCCAUUAUUAUCUGUGGGCGCUUCUUCAUUUGGCCCGAAAGCCGAUAUACUAGCUCCCUCACCGCCCCUCUGUACAUAUUCGUACUAGUUGCUAACGUUUUCUUUUGUCGGUUGCGAUUUGUGCAUACGUUGGUUGGAGUGUGCUUGGUGGCCGUACCGUUGUGGCUCGUAAUAUUUGGCAUCGGCAGUGCGCGGAACAAAGACGAGGGGACUGCAAGUCCUAUUUCCGACACUGAAUUCCCCUUUGCAAGCGUAGCAGUGUGUCUAGCGGCUACUGUCAUCUGCUUCAUCGCAUAUGACGUGGAGAGAAAUCUGCGCCUGCAAUAUUUGAGCGACCAGCGAUUUUUGAGUAUCAACGUGAAGCUCCGGAAGCAGCUGAAGGGGCUGCAAAAAGGGUUCGAGUCGAGAAUUGCGGAUUUAGAUUCCCCACUGGAGAAGGCAAUCUAUGGACUUCGGUGCUUGAUGGCAAGUCCCUCAGUUGGAGCAGAAGAUCUUAAGACCUUGAACAUGAUUAUGGCCUGCCUGAAUGCGCCAAAUUUGCUUGCACCUGACUUGGAUCAGCAAGUGAAGCGAGGGCAAGUGGAAGUGGAUGCGGAGCAAGAGAAAUGGCUAUUCACCCAGCUGGCACAACGAAAGAACUUUUCUGGCGACAAUACUUCCGAGUCGUCUGGCUCGGUGCCAAAGCGACCCCCCCAUUGGGUUUUUGACAACACAGAGUCCGGCGGAGCUCCAGGAAGCAGUCCUCCUUCUCCUUCUUUCGUUCCAGUCAACGUCGAAGACUUUUAUACCGACCGUACCGUUUCUCUCCUUGUCCGUGCCAACGAGUAUAACUUUCCCAUCUUCGAUUUCGUUGAAGCCACAAGCCAGCAUCCGUUGUUGGUCUUAUCGCAUCAUUUGGUGGUGCAAAGCGGACUAUUACCGAGACUGGGCCUCCCUGUGGAUAAGUUUCUAAAUUUCAUGCAUGCAGUCGAAGCUGGUUACAAUCCGCAAUUGACAUUCCAUAAUUCUAUACACGCUACCGAUGUGCUUCACUGCAUCCAUUACUUGAUCUCCCUUCCCCGAAUCAAAAGCUGCUUCUCUGAUCUCGAGAUCCUCUCCUUUUACAUUGCCGCCGCGAUCCACGAUUACGACCAUCCAGGGGUGAAUAAUCACUUUCUCAUUGCUACUUCAGAUCCACGAGCGCUUCUGUACAAUGACAAGAGUGUUUUGGAAAAUCAUCAUUGUGCAUCAGCAUUCGGGGUCAUGCGGAGAAAGGACUGCGAUUUUGUACGGGGAUUGGGAAAGAAGGAAUGGAGAGCCCUUCGAGAGAGCAUAGUAGAAAUGGUCCUGGCAACAGAUUUGGCGCAACAUUUCUCGCUGUUGGCAAUGUUUAAGAAGAAAGUCCUCACCAGUGGUGGAUUUGACCCGUUCACGACGAGAGAGGAUCGGACAUUGUUGAUGCAAAUGCUCAUGAAAUGUUCCGACGUGUCUAACCCCACUAAAUCAUGGCCAAUAUAUGCCACCUGGAUACAACGGAUUACCGAGGAAUUUUUCUGUCAAGGGGAUAAAGAAAAGGAGCUUGGGCUCCCCAUUUCUCCCUUCUGUAAUCGUGACGGCGAACGAGCUAAUGAUCCUCGUAGCAGUCAAAAGAGUUUUAUCGAAUUCAUCGUUGCGCCACUAGUAGAGGCGAUUGGGGAGUGGGUCGAAUUAGGAGAGCUGAGGGAAGGGUUGGAGGCAAGUCGAGAGAGAUUUGGAGGCGGACAGCAGCCACAGCAAUCCAAAACGCCUCAAGCCACGCCAGCUCCGCAAUCACCAGGAGGAGAUGCGUCUAGUGGAGUCUUACGUCGUAAUCGAUCUGUACCAGGCAGCUUGGCACACAUUGAUCCCAUUAUCAUUGACUCUCAAGACAGCGUUCCUCCUCUCCCACCGCUUCCUGAGAGCAUCAUGAACAAACAGAGACGACGGGAGAGUUGGGCGGGCAGCAUUAUUGGAGCUGGAGAGUCGCUGGCUGCCAAGAUCGGGGUGGGGACCGGAAAACGGCGAGGGAGUGCUGGAGGUAUUAGUGUAAGCGUUGUUGAGACGGUUGAUGAAGAAGCUGGCGGAGGGAGAGGGGCUUUGGCAACUAUGGUUGCGGCAGGAAGCUAUAGGUAGAGCGGGCUUGUUUUUUGGAAAUUCAUAGAUAUAGACGGUGACGGGAUUGUGGUUGUUUGCAUAGACAUUUCGAUGAGGAACACGGGCGUAGACAUUUUGGAGGCACUUUUUUCUUUCUCGCUCACUGAAUCUAUGAAGUAUUCCGCGGAGGCUACUGGAAGAGGUUGAGAGGAUGACCGAACGGAUGGGGAUGUUGGCUGGGGAUGGAAAGGCUAUAGCGCUCCAGUAAUUUGGUCGUGACGCUUGUUGGGUGACUUCUGUUUCUAUUUCUUCGUGUUUCGUUUGCACCUUCCCUGUGUACAGAUUUGGUUAGUUGUUUAGUUUUCGUUGUUUCUUUGUUUCGAUUUAUUUUGUAAAAGAGUAAGAGAUGAGGAAAGGAGCGAGAAGCCGAGGCUUAUAGAAAUAUAAUAGGUGUUCUGGUGGCCGUCGCUUGCGAUGGCUUGUCAUUUAAUGAAGUUGCGCAAUUUCCGAA